AUGAACACUGGAGACUUCCCUGAAGAACCUCCUCAAGAGCUGCAGAAUGAAACAGACAGCGAGGAACUGCAGGUCUCUGCGCUCCCAUUUUACUGUGACAGUGAAAGUGUGAUUAUUGGGGUUCAAUACACUGAUGUGUACCUGCUGAUAGAUGAUGAGACUAAGAUUUCUAUCAGUCAGCUGCUGGAGGAAUGCAGUCACGUGGAGCUGCAGUCUAAUUCUCUGAUCAGAAUCUUCUACGAAGGCUGCUCUUUGGAUAACUGGUUUGGCCACAGGAAGCAGUACACAGUGAAACUGGGCUACUCUAACACCACCCUGAAUAAGGACAUCAUACAAAACCAAACCUGUCCAUCAUCUACAUCUGGAUCAGUUCAGGUUCCUGCUGUUAAGUGUGAAAGUGCCAACAUGACUGUAACGCUAGCUGCUAAGGAGCUAAAAGAGGCGAGAUUUGUUGAUCUGAAUGCUUCUACUUUGCGAGAGAAGGUUAUGACUGAGGAAAAUGGUUUAACACAAUGGACAGAUGGAGAGAACCUCGUUAUCCAAGUGGAGAACCCCAUGAAGGAGCCUGGAAAUACUACUCCAGUGGGUACAACUGCUACAUCAUCUGGAGGCAUGCCAACAACAGUACAACCACUGCAUCAUCUGCAGGAGCUUCAACCACCAGUACAUCAUCAGCAACCUGUAACGAUGCUUUUACUCCUGCAAAUACCACUCCAGUGGGUACAACUACUACAUCAUCUGGAGGCAUUGGGUACAACUGCUACAUCAUCUGGAGGCGUGCCAACAACAUCAUCAUCAGCACCAUCUAAUGCUGCGUCUACUCCUGGAAAUAAUGCUCCACUGGGUACAACUACUACAUCAUCUGGAGGUGUACCAGCACCAAGUUCAUCAUCAGCAUCCACUGAUGUAAUUUCUUCUCCUGGAAAUAUUACUCCAGUAGGUUCAACUACUACAUCAUCUGGAGGCAUCCCAACAACAACUUCAUCAUCAGCAACCUCUAAUGCAGCUGCUAGUCCUGGAAAUACUACUCCAGUGGCUUUGCCAACUGUAUCAUCUGCAGGAGCUUCAACAAGCACAGCAUCAUCUGGAACCUCUAGUGCUGCCUCUACUACUCCUGGAAAUAUUACUCCAGUGGUUACAACUAUUCCAUCAUAUGCAGGAGCAUCAACAACUACUGUAUCAUCAGCAACUUCUAAUGCUGCUUCUACUCCUGGAUAUACUAUUCCACUGGUUAUAACUACUACAUCAACUGCAACCUCUAAUACUGCUGCUUCUAAUCCUGCAAAUACCAAUCCAAUAGUUCCAACUACUACAUCAUCUGGAGGAGUACCAACAACAGUUUCACCAUUACCAUCCUCUAAUGCAGUUUCUGCUCCUGGACUGGGUACUUCAAUAUCCAAUACAGGAAUUUCAAACAUGACACCACAAACAACCCCAGUAGGUACUCAAUCCACUGUCGGAGCUUCCACUGGUGUACCAACAAGCACAUCUUCAACCACUGUGACUACUGAAACAACUGCAGUAGCUACAUCUACUACAAACAGAAUCACACCAGGAAUAGGGUGUAAUGGUGAGACAACUACAUUUGAGCCAAGUACAACAGACAAUCUACAGUUUGCUAUUACUCUCCCUGACAGCUUUUGGGGAUUUCCAACAUUUCCCAGUUAUUCUUACUGAGCAAAAACAAACCAA